AUGGACCCUCAUAUCGAUUGGAUGGACGAGUUGGGGCUCUUCAGGAUUAGGUGCGCCAAAAUCAUUACUGGAGAUGCGAGGGACCGGAAAUCAGGCCACUUUGGAAUCUCGCCAGGCCAUCCGAUCGAAUGGAGCUGGUGGAGCAAGAUGCCUCCAGUCAAGGACAGAGCAGAUUGGGCCCGCGGCCUCCGCCAAGAGCUGGCAGAAGCGCUUGGACGUCCUGCCAGCGGAGCAGCUUCACGUAACAAGGUCAGAAAAGAUCCUCCACCACCCCAAGCCGAGCAGCAGGCUAACAAGAAAGAGAAGGAGAUAAAGGAUGACAAGAAGGCAAAGAAGGACAAAAAGGCAAAAAUGAAGGAGGAUCAUGAGAAGAAGACCAAAAAAGAAGUCAAGCGCAAGAAAGCGAGGAAGGGAAAGUCCAGCUCAAGUUCAAGCUCCCGCGACGAGAAGCCUGCCAAGGGGAAGAGGAAGAAGAAGAUCAGUUCCAGCUCCAGCGAUGAGAAGCCCGCCAAGAGGAAGAAGAAAAGGGACAGGUCCAGUUCAAGCGAAGAGAAAACCGCAAAGGUGAAGAAGAGGCAGGAGGUGGCCCGCGAAGAGGUGCCAAGAGCAUUGGCUGAUGCUGCGCAUGCGGAGAACGGUGGUAACGGUGGCAGCUCUGUGGCGAGCUCGGCGAAUGCAGGACAAACUCCGGUGGCUUUCAGAGUGAGCGGCUUCAAGACCAAGUUCAUCGACGGCCUCUAUAGGCUGCGUGAGGACAGGCUUACGCCUGGGAUGCCUGAACCUUGGGGCAUCCCGAAGUACGCGACAUUCUGGAAGGGCGAGCAGAUGUUCUUCUACUGGCGGCCGGUGCCGCCAAAGACAAGAUACGUGAUUUGCCAGCGGUACAUGGCGUCAGGGGCUGACUUGUUCGAACAAAUACAGCAUGCCAGACGCUCGAAGGAGCUGAUGAACACCCCCGCCAUAGCCUUCUUCAGUCAAAGAACGCACAAGUGGUAUGAGAACCUGGACCGUGCCGACUCUGCAUGGUCAUUGGCCAGUCGCGUUGAAUACAAGGAACUCACUUCAGCCGAGCUCAAACGUCAGGACACUGAGGACUUAGACAAAAUGUUUGAUGAUGUUGAGGAGGAGGAGGAGGAAGUGGCUUGCGUGAAACCACGACAGCAUCCAUUGCGAAAUCCACAAACUCCAGGUGUCCCGUGCCCAUCAACACCAAAUUUGACACCCCUCCCGCAAGCUUGCCCCUUGACACCCACUCAGGCACUCGGCCAACCAAGCCCAUCCACCCCGAAUCUCCCACCCUUAGGGGCUUGCCCCUCAACACCCACUCAGGCACCUGGCCAACCAAGCCCAUCCACGCCGAAUCUCCCACCCUUAGGGGCUUGCCCCUCGACACCCUCGCAGGCACCAGGCCAGCCAAGCCCAUGCACAACGAACUUCAUGCUGACACCCUUCCAGCAAGCCGUAACACAGACAGGGGCGUGUCCCCUGGCGCCCUCCUCUCAGGCCCCCAGACAGCCAAGCCCGUCUCUGCCAAAGCCAACCUACCCGCAAGCCCAUGCAGAGCGAUAUCCCUUGGCACAACCCUCUCAGGCCCCCGGCCAAGCGACGGCAUCCAUGCCAAUUAAUACGCCGACACUGGACCUGCAAGCCCAGUCACAGUCAGAGGCCUAUCCCCUGUCACACGGCGCUCAGGCAGGCGCCCAGCCGAGCCCGUACGUGCUGACCACACCUUCAGGUGCAGUGCAGGCAGUCACAGGCCCAACGCAGGUGCCCUGCCCACAGCCAGGGCUUACGCAAACACGCCGACUGCCGCCACCCCGACAUCUGCGUCAAGGUCCAGACAUGUGCUGA